AUGGACCCACUGAAACCGAGACUACCCUCACCCGGACUUUCGACAAAAAAAGAAAUGAACCCGAAACCGAACCACGUGGGGACUAUUGUGCUAUAUGGUAUUCCAAUUGUUAGCUUGGUUAUUGAAAAUCAAGAAAGGCUAUGUCUUGCACAGAUUUCCAACACUCUUUUAAAGCAAUUCAGCUACAAUGAGAUCCAUAAUCGGCGCGUCGCUCUAGGUAUAACCUGCGUGCAGUGCACCCCCGUGCAGUUGGAGAUCCUCCGUCGGGCGGGCGCCAUGCCUGUCUCCUCCCGUCGUUGCGGUAUGAUAACCCGUCGGGAGGCCGAGCGUCUGUGCAAGAGCUUCCUGGGGGACAACGCGCCCCCUCGCCUCCCCGACGACUUCGCCUUCGCCGUUCACCACGAGUGUGCUUGGGGCUGCCGGGGCUCCUUUUUGCCGUCGCGGUACAACUCCUCCCGCGCCAAGUGCAUCAAGUGUUCAGUGUGCGGUCUUUUUUUCUCCCCCAACAAGUUCAUCUUCCACUCGCAUCGUCUCAGCGCGAACGACAAGUACGUCCAGCCCGACGCCGCCAACUUCAACUCCUGGAGGCGGCACAUGAAGCUCAGCGGGAGCCCCCCCGAGGAGGUGACGCAUGCGUGGGAGGACGUCAAGGCGAUGUUCAACGGGGGCACCAGGAAGCGUCUUUUGGCCUCCUCGGUGGACCGGCCCUCCAAACAGACCAAAGUCGAUGCACAGCCCCAGCCGAUUGUCCCAUCGCCAAGGAUCCCCAACUGCCAGGAUAUCGCUCUCCCCAUUUCGAGGGUCGCCAUGGAUUUUAUUUAUCAUAAACCGUUAGCGUUUUCGUCCUAUUCGACGUUCCCUUGGCUGAAGAGGAAUUCGAUUUUGUUUCCGCAUGAAAGCCCGUUUUUUCCCAUUGAUAAGAGUUAUCAGUCGGCGUUUAAGCCCGUUCAACCUGUCAAUGAGCGAACUGUGCCCCAAAAAGAGGAAGAAAGUGACGAUGAAGUUGAUAUUGAAACGACAGAUGAAAAGACAGAGACUAAUAACUGGAACUUGAAAGAGGAAAAGACCCCACCGAGUGAGACUUUUACGAAUCCGGAUGUCGUCCCUAACCCACAACGUGACGAAAUGACGGCGAUUUCCCAACGCAUCUGGAAUCUCUCCCGGCUCUCCUUCGACGGCACCGACAGGACGAACUUCCUCUACAGACAGGAUUUACACCGGCAUUUCGUCAUAGAUUCGGAUGAGACGAACUCUAUUCUGCGAAAUCCAGUCGGGGUUGCAAUAGGAAUCAAGCCCAACAUUGACUGUUCCACUUGCAUUAAUCACAACGCCAUUUAUCCUGCCCCCGAAAAUAGUAAUAAAAUCACCUAAUUUUCUAAUUAGUUACCGUAGGUGACAAGUGCAAUAUUCAAUUAGAUUUAUUUAUAGGCUUAC